UAUCAUUUUCUCACUGCUCGGCUUGCUUUGCUUCGUCGUUUUGCUUGUUUCUCUUGGCUCGAUGUGUAAUAUGUACUUAGAUAAUCAGAGUAUUUGCAGUGCAGUUGCAGUUGUAAAGAAUUGAAUGAAAAUAUGAGACAUUAAUUAUAAUCUUACUAUUUACGAAAGAAACAUAAAACCGAGUGAAAGUGUGAUUUGAAAGACUAGCAUUAUUCUUGUUGAUCGGACGAAUAAUCUAGACUAUGAUUUAGUGAUUAUAUAUUAAUCUUCAUACAACGAUGGCUAGUCCAUCCCCUCAAAGUAGCCCUAUGCCUCCACCGCAGGCACCAAGCCCGAUGGGUCCGCCAACACAAAGCCCGGCGCCACCGCAAUCACCCCACAGUCCAUACAAUCAGCAACAUGUUAACGGACCGCCACCAUCUCAUCCUCCUGGACCGGGUCAGCCGCCAAUGCCUAAUCAUAUGUCACCAUCUAAUCAACCAUCGCAUCCUAUUCCUCCAAAUGCUAAUGGGCCACCUGGUGUACCACAGCCCCAUCCGGGUAUGCCUCCUAGUGGACAUCAAAUGCCUCCUCAUAUGGUGGGACCUCAUAUGCCAGGUCCUCCAGGGCAUCCAAUUGGUCCAGGAGGUUCACAUCCACCAGGUCCAAAUGGACAUCCAAACAUGCCUGGCAAUCCUCCUCAUCCUAAUAUGCAAGGGCAACCACCACAUGGAUAUAUGCAACACCAAAUGGGACACAUGCCUCCUGGCCAGGGUCCGCACCCGAUGGGAGGAGGACCACCACCCCCCGGAAAUGGACCGCCGGGUCCUCCAGGCGCCCCGAUGCCGAUGUCGGGUCCACCGCCUCAUCCGGCUCACCCUGGUCAGGGAAUGCCGCCCGCCGGCGCCGCGCACAUGCCGCCUCAUCACGCCAUGAUGCCCGGCCAAGGACCGCCUCCACACGCGGCCGGCCCGGCCUACGGACACGGCCCACCGGCCGCUGGAGCACCGGCGCCCCCCGCCGCACAGGGUCCCCCGACACAGCCUCAGCCCGGAGCCUCGCAACACCCACCCGCGGCUCAAACACCACCUCAUGGGCAAGGCCCGCCGCCACCAACGUCUUCCGCUAAUGGAGGCCCACCUUCGUCGUCUCCGAUGCAAGGCUCACUGACCACUCCCGGUCCAGAUAAUUUGAAUGCUCUCCAAAGGGCGAUAGACUCGAUGGAAGAGAAAGGUCUCCAAGAAGAUCCCCGAUAUUCGCAGUUGCUCCUACUUCGAGCUCGAUCAAAUUCGCAAGAUCCCAGUAAAGGGCUAUUUUCAAAUACCCAAAUCAGUCAGUUAAAGGCUCAAAUAUCGGCAUAUCGUAAUCUGGCGCGCAAUCAGCCCGUGCCGCCGGACACGGCUUUGAUGGCGGCGGGCAAGCGCUCGGGCGCGCCACCUCCCGAGUGCCCCACGCCGCCCGCCGCGCCGCCCUACGGCGAGGGCCAGGGCGCGGCGGGCGGCAAGGCGGGCGGCGGCGCGGCCGGCGACGCGGCGCGCGGGCAGGGCGGCGCGCCGCCCACGCCGCUGCCCAUGACCGGACAAAUGGCGCCUCCUACUCAACCGACACCGCCUCUUGUGAAUCCGCCUAUAGGAGGCGCUCCACAGAUACGAGGCCCUGCUCCUUUGCAGCGUCCGCCAGGGCCGGGCACGCCUCAGCAGCAACCACAACAACCUGGUGCGCCAAUUCCGGGUGCUAAGCAGAAUCGUGUCACAAGUAUACCUAAGCCGGUUGGCCUCGACCCGCUGCAAAUAUUGAGCGAGAGGGAGAACAGGAUCGCGGCCCGCAUCGCACAUCGCAUGGAGAUAUUGUCCAAUCUACCCGCCAAUAUAUCGGACGACCUUCGUCUCCAAGCUCAAAUCGAAUUGAGAGCUCUGCGUGUGCUCAAUUUCCAGAAGCAACUUCGUGCAGAGAUACUGGGCCAAGUGCGCAAGGACACGACCCUGGAGACGGCGGUGAACAUCAAAGCGUACAAGCGCACCAAGCGGCAGGGCUUGCGGGAGGCGCGCGCGACUGAGAAACUAGAGAAACAACAGAAACUGGAGGCCGAGAGGAAACGCAGGCAGAAACACCAGGAGUUCCUGCAGACUGUGCUGCAACAUGCGAAAGACUUCAAAGAGUACCACCGCAACAACGUGGCCAAGAUGUCGCGUAUAAACAAGGCUAUAAUGAACCACCACGCUAACGCUGAGCGCGAGCAGAAGAAAGAACAGGAGCGAAUAGAGAAAGAGCGAAUGAGACGUUUGAUGGCAGAGGACGAAGAAGGCUACAGGAAGCUGAUCGACCAGAAGAAAGACAAGCGUCUGGCGUUCCUGCUGUCGCAAACAGACGAGUACAUUGCGAGUCUCACGGAGAUGGUGAAGCAGCACAAGCAGGAGCAGCGCAAGAAGCAGGUCGAGGAGGAGAAGCGGAAGCGGAAAUCCAGAAAGAAGAAAUUACUGGAGGGCGGCGAAAUCGAUGCUACGGACGAUAGCUCUCAAACUUCAGAUUCGCGGGUCAGUGUGAUGGAUCCCAAGACUGGAGAGAUCCUGAAAGGUGAAGAAGCACCGCUGCUGUCUCAACUGAAGGACUGGAUGGAGACGCACCCCGGCUGGGAAGUGCUCUCCGACUCCGACGACUCGGACGACGACAGCCAGGACGAUGAUGAAAAGAAGCGAGAUAAGAGGGACGGCAAAGACGACAGAGAGAAGACAGAGGAAGAAAAGGCUCGUGACAUGAUCAAGAAGGCUAAGGUGGAAGACGACGAGUACAAGACAGAGGAACAGACCUACUACAGUAUUGCUCACACGGUCCAUGAGUCCGUCACAGAACAAGCCAGCAUUUUGGUCAAUGGAAAACUCAAAGAAUAUCAGAUCAAGGGUUUGGAAUGGCUUGUGUCGUUGUUCAACAACAAUCUAAACGGCAUCUUGGCAGACGAGAUGGGUCUCGGCAAGACCAUCCAGACGAUUGCAUUGGUUACCUAUCUUAUGGAGAAGAAGAAAGUCAAUGGACCAUUUCUGAUUAUUGUACCACUGAGCACACUGUCCAACUGGGUGUUAGAGUUCGAGAAGUGGGCGCCGGUGGUGACGGUGGUGUCGUACAAGGGCUCCCCGCAGUCGCGGCGGCUCGUGCAGACGCAGAUGCGCUCCACCAAGUUCAACGUGCUACUCACCACCUACGAGUACGUCAUCAAGGACAAGGCGGUAUUGGCCAAGGUGCAAUGGAAGUACAUGAUAAUAGACGAGGGCCACCGCAUGAAGAACCACCACUGCAAGCUUACGCAAGUGCUGAACACGCACUACAUCGCGCCGCACCGGCUGCUGCUCACGGGCACGCCGCUGCAGAACAAGCUGCCGGAGCUGUGGGCGCUGCUCAACUUCCUGUUGCCCUCCAUAUUCAAGAGCUGCUCCACUUUCGAACAGUGGUUCAAUGCGCCCUUCGCUACCACCGGAGAAAAGGUGGAAUUGAAUGAGGAAGAAACGAUCCUGAUCAUCCGUCGUCUGCAUAAAGUACUGCGGCCGUUCUUGCUGCGGCGGUUGAAGAAGGAGGUGGAGAGCCAGCUGCCUGACAAAGUGGAGUACAUCAUCAAGUGCGAGAUGAGCGGCUUGCAGCGGGUGCUAUACAAACAUAUGCAGUCGAAGGGCGUACUUUUAACAGACGGGUCAGAAAAGGGCAACAAGGGCAAGGGCGGGGCGAAGGCCCUCAUGAACACCAUCGUGCAGCUGCGCAAGCUCUGCAACCACCCCUUCAUGUUUCAGCACAUCGAGGAGAAGUUCUGCGACCACGUCGGCUCCGGCGGCACUGUCGUCAGCGGGCCAGAUUUGUACAGAGUAUCAGGCAAGUUCGAGCUCCUGGACCGUAUCCUGCCCAAGCUAAAGAAGACCGGGCACCGAGUCUUGGUGUUCUGUCAGAUGACCCAGUGCAUGACCAUCAUCGAAGACUACCUCUCCUGGAGGGGCUUCCAAUACUUGAGACUGGACGGUAUGACCAAGGCGGAAGACCGCGGGGAGCUGCUGAAGAAGUUCAACGACGCGAACUCUGAGUACUUCAUCUUCCUGCUGUCCACGCGCGCCGGCGGCCUCGGCCUCAACCUGCAGAGCGCCGACACCGUCAUCAUUUUCGACUCCGACUGGAAUCCGCAUCAGGAUCUGCAAGCUCAGGAUCGCGCGCAUCGAAUUGGGCAACGCAAUGAAGUGCGCGUGUUACGACUCAUGACCGUCAACUCUGUCGAAGAGAGGAUUCUCGCCGCUGCCAGGUACAAAUUAAACAUGGACGAGAAAGUAAUCCAAGCCGGUAUGUUCGACCAAAAGUCGACAGGUUCCGAGCGACAGCAAUUCUUGCAGAGCAUCCUGCAUCAAGAUGGAGACGAUGAAGAGGAGGAGAACGAAGUGCCCGACGACGACCUGAUCAACGAGAUGAUAGCGCGGUCGGAGGAGGAGCUGGAGAUCUUCAAGCAGAGCGACAUCGAGCGCAAGAAGACGGAGACGCAGUCGCGGCUCAUCGACGAGUCCGAGUUGCCCGACUGGCUCGUCAAGGACGACGACGAGGUCGUGUGUAACAAGGGUCAAGGCUGGAACUACAUGGACGAAGACGAAACUCUGGGGCGCGGGUCGCGUCAGCGCAAGGAAGUGGACUACACGGACUCGCUGACGGAGAAGGAGUGGCUGAAGGCGAUCGACGAGGAGUUCGAGGAAGAGGAGGAAGACGACGACGACGAUGAGGUGUUGGAUAAGAAGCGCAAGAAAGGGCGCAAGCGGCGGCGAGACGAUUCUGAUGAGGAUGAAGUCCCGAGUUCAUCAAAGAAGAAAAGCAAAACGGAGAUAAAUUUGUUGAAAAAACGUUUGAAGAAUAUAAUGAAGAAAGUUAUUGAUUAUGCCGACGAAAAUGGCAGAGUAUUGUCGGAGCCUUUCAUGAAGCUUCCAUCGCGACGCGAGCUUCCCGAUUACUACGAUGUCAUCAAGAAACCAUUGGAUAUCAAGAAAAUUAUGAAUAGAAUCGAGGAUGGAAAGUAUAACGAUAUAUCGGAUCUCGAACGGGACUUCUUUACUCUAUGCGCGAACGCCCAAACAUACAAUGAGGAAGCGUCGCUGAUUUACGAGGACUCCGUGCGUUUGCGCAACGUGUUCAUAGAACUGCGACGGCGAUACGAAGCUGGACAGAACUCAGACGAAUCAGAUGAUAACGAGAAAGAUGAUGAGGAUUCGGAUGGUGAGUCCAACCGCUCAGUGAAAAUGAAGAUCAAACUGAAAGGCAAAAGUAAGAAUACGCCCACCAGGAAACGGAAGCAGCGAAAAUACAUCUCUGACGAUGAGGACUAUGAGGAGGAUUGAACAGCUGGCUGUUAUAGAGAAUCUUAGAUUGUCCCGACGACAAAGAACCGACAGAUCAAUUUCUUUAGGAACUGAAUUCAAUCAAAUCUACUUCUGUUCAAGGAAGCUAGUAUAAAGCCCAUAGUACUCGAGGUUACAAAAAAUCCUUACACAUUAUAAAACAAAGUCGCGUUUGUCUGUUCACAAUAAACUCAGAAACUACUCUAUUGUCAUGCGGUUUUCCCCAAUAGAUAAUGUGAUUCAUGUGGAAGGAACCGGGACGGGCCGCUAGUAUUUAAAAACAAUUAAUUUUUAAUAUUUGUACUCUACUUCUCGACAAAAAGAAUUUGGGACAUCCUUGUUUAUUUAAACAUACUUUCAAUAUUCAGUGUUAGCCCUUUUUCAUAUUUAGAAGUAAGAUUUCUGUAGCUCGCCGUAUAACUAAUAGAUAAUAUAAGUUUAACGGGAUUAUGAUUUUUUUAUAGUUUGUAAGGUUAUAGUAACAUUUUAAAAAGAAACUCACUAGAAAUAAUAUUUUAUUUCAUAAUUUAUAUAACCAAACAAUUUAUGUGCUUUCCCAAAAUUUUACAGUGCAAUGACUUUGAUAUUUAACUGUAAUAAAAUCUUAAUUUCUUUUGGGUACAUAGUUCAUGUAUGAAAUCAAUUCAAUAUGUAGUGUUGUUUUAAUACUUUUACUUGUCUACCUAUUUGAAAAAAUGUAGUAGAAUAAGAUUGAGCUUAGAUAUAUUAAUAAAAGUAAUAAGUGAA